AGACAGAGAGACAGAGAGGAGCAGACAUCAGGUGAGGAGACACAGCCCUGAGAGGCAGUGUGUGAAGUAGCGGAUCCUGUGCUGGGACACCAGAGGAGCUGGGGCUCUCAAUGGAGCAGGACCGACCCCGGAGCAGCCUGAGCCUGGCCAGCAGCGCUUCCACUGCAUCUUCUCUAAGCAGCCCGAGCACCAAGAAGCCUACCCGUGCGGUACACAGGGUCCAUGCCUUUGGGAAAAGGAACAAUGCACUUCGGCGAGACCCCAACCUACCUGUGCACAUACGUGGUUGGCUGCAUAAGCAGGAUAGCUCAGGCCUCCGGCUUUGGAAACGCCGUUGGUUCGUCCUCUCAGGACAUUGCCUCUUCUACUACAAGGACAGCAGAGAGGAGAGUGUCCUGGGCAGUGUACUCUUACCCAGCUACAGUGUCAGGCCGGAUGGGCCAGGAGCCCCACGGGGCCGGCGAUUCACCUUCACAGCAGAGCACCCGGGCAUGAGAACCUAUGUCCUUGCAGCUGACACACUGGAGGACCUAAGAGGUUGGCUGCGGGCUCUGGGGAGGGCUUCUCGUGCAGAAGGGGAUGACUGUGGACUACCUAGGUCACCUGCACGUACCCAGCCGGGAGAAGGCCCCGGGGGUCCCGGGGGGCCUCCAGAGGGGAGCAGAAGGGAAGAGGGGCGCAUCUCGGAAUCACCGGAGGUAGCUCGGCUCUCCAGAGGUCGUGGCAGCCAUGGAACGUACAGGUCUAGCCCUACAGCGGAACUGCAGUCUGGCACGGGGAGUAGGAGGACCAGGAGCCCAGAGCUGUUCUCAUCCCUCUCCCGCCCGCCUUCCCCUCUGAGCCUUCCCCGUCCUCGUUCUGCUCCCGCACGGCGACCCCCUCUCUCAGCAGGAGAGAUACCGUUUCCUGCCCGGCCUCACACUCCCUUGAGUCGCAUCGAUGUCCGACCUCCUCUGGAUUGGGGACCCCAAAGACAGACCCUCUCUCGACCUCCCACUCCACGCCGCGGACCCUCCUCCCUAGCUGGCGGAGGGCGGCCACCCAGGAGUCCCCAGCCCUGGAGACAAGAGCCUAGAACAGAGUCUACCCAGGCCUCCUCUGGUUCUUCCACCUAUCUGCAGCUGCCUCCACGACCUCCUGGGACUCGGGCCUCCAUGAUUUUGCUGGUAGGUUUCCUGCAGCACCAGGAAUCCACUAGAGUCCUCUCUUGUUUGACCACCCCACUCCCCAGGAUGGUUGUCUCUUGGCCAAGGAGCUUUGAAAAGAGCAUCCAGGUUCCCUGUCCAGGUCCCCCAGCGGACUCAACUUUGCACCAGAGUUUGGAGACAGAUACUUUGUUGACCAAGCUGUGUGGGCAGGACCGGCUCCUGAGGCGGAUUCAGGAGGAUCUGGACAAGAGGCUGGAGGAGAAGGAACAGCUAGAGGCAGCCUUGGAGCUGACCCGGCAGCAACUGGGCCAAGCUACCAGGGAGGCUGCAGCUUCUGGGAAGGCGUGGGGUCACCAGCGCCUUCUGCAGGACCGGCUGGUGAACGUGAGAGCCACUCUGUGUCACCUGGCUCAGGAGCGAGAGCAGGUUUGGGACACCUACAGCGGCCUGGAGCAGGACCUGGGCACCUUAAGGGAGACUCUUGAAUACCUUCUGCACCUUGGAUCCCCCCAGGACCGAGCAGCUGCUCAGCAGCAGCUAUGGAUGGUGGAGGACACGCUGGCAGGUCUAGGUGGCCCCCAGAAACAGCCCCCACAUACUGAGCCCAAGUCUCCAUCCCCUGCACCCCAAGGAGAGGAGUCCUCAGAGCGGGAGAGCCUUCCGGAGUCACUGGAGCUUAGCCCCCUUCAGUCCCCUGAGGUGGACUGGGGUCAACCCCCAGGAGGUGACAGAGCCCUCCUCAGCCCUCGCUCAGGUGUUGAGUCUCCCAGGGUCUCCCGAGCAUCCAGCCCUGAAGGUCGUCAACCUUCAUCCCUGAACACUAAGGUCCUCGUGGCGCGGCCUCGCAUGAGUGCGCAAGAGCAGCUGGAGCGCAUGCGCAGAAACCAAGCCUGUGGGCUUCCUUUUCCUCGUCCGGCCUCCCCGAGACUGCUGACCCUGGGGAGGGCACUGUCACCAGCUGGACGCCAGCUUGAUUUGGAGCAGAGGCCUGUUGUAGGAGCUGCACAAUGGCUCAGGAGUUCUGGAUCCUGGAGUAGCUCCAGGCCCUCCACAAUCUGCAUGCCAACACCCAGAGGCCACCGGGAGCGGGUCCUCAGUCUCUCCCAGGCCCUAGCUGCAGAGGCUUCCCAGUGGCGCAGGCUGAUGACUGGCUCUCCAGGGGUAAAUUCAGACUCCAGGGGAGACUGUCUCCCACCAGGCUCACAACCUCCCAGUGAGGAAAUGCACCAGGUCACCUUGUCCCCAGCGUCUCCCAAGGCUAACUCUGCCCCAGGGAGCAGGCGAGGCCUGGCCCAAUGGGAACCCAGCUGGGACCCUGGGAACACCCCUGCUGCUCCACUGCAGGAUCAGGGGGCGUGGCCCCUGAGAGUCACUCUGCUGCAGUCCAGCUUUUGACUUUCCUCUUUGCACACAGGUCCUGUGUGACAAGCAGGAUGCACAGCCUUGAAGUGUAAGAGCAGUCAGGACCACGGGGAGAAGUGUGUUCCAACAGGUGUUCUAGGAGGGCCGGAGCUACAGUGGUCAGACUGAUUAUCCCCACACUGUCCAAACUAUUAGUCAAUAAACAUCUUUAUUCUCUCUGAGGCUGUGACAUUGUGAUCAGGGCCUUAGAUUCACAGGUAUAGAGGAGCCUGCCUGACACCAAUUUGAGGGCAGGAGCCGUUAUGCUGUGUUUUUUAAACCAAGUUUCUAUUUACUGUGAGAGUUGAAUUGCUCUCUGUUUCUUGGAACCUGACCUUCCCCAACCCAUGACCUUGAUUUGGUUUUGAGAAUACCCUGGCCCUCCUUAACCCCUCGCUAAUUAGUGAGACCACAGUCUCACUAAUCAUUACAUGGUGGGUAACCAUAUGAUGUUUCUUUAAGGUUUUUAAAAUUCCUUUUGGCCCAUUGUCUCCACUCUGUAAAACUACUCAUGUUUUUACUCCUGCAAAGGGGCCCAAGUGGAUUCUCUGCUGUUCUCUUUAGCCCAAUUUAGGAGGCAGUCGCUGGCCAGCUCUUCCAGGCACCCCAAUAAAAAUCAAGUUUGCUUCAAAUUUUA